CAGGGCGCCUCCGAUCGCCUCCUCGGAGGCUCGAUGCUUAUGACGGCAGCCUUUAUCUGGACCUAUUACACAAUAUGGGCGUUGGUCACGCCUUUCUUUUCGCCAGACUCUGCGAUUCACACGUACUUCCCAGAUCGCGUCUGGGCAGUCCGGAUACCGGCCGCGCUGCUUGUCUUUGGGCUGUGCACCGUUGGUGCAUUCGUGGGCAUUAUCAUGCAGAAAGAGGCGAAGAAGAAG